AUGGUAUUGAAUACAACAUCAGAGUUAGCAAUGCUGUACUUGUUCUUCCUGGUUGGCGUGAAAAUGGACACGAAUUUGAUAUUGAAGCCCAAAAGAGAUGCAGUGAGAAUUGGUAUGACAGGAUUGAUACUUCCUUGGGUGCUGGUUGCGUGUGCAACCCACUACCUACGUCCAUACACGUCGAUAGGGGAAAUGGGACCGUUUUUCAUCAUGUUCUGUUUAAGUUUGUCGUUGAGUCCCUUCCCUGCAAUUGCUAAUAUAAUGGAUGAGCUGAAUCUGCUCACCUCUGAAAUGGGAAAGCUGGCAGUGUCCUGUGCAAUGGUGAACGACAUGGUGUCCUGGGUUGUGUUGAUAAUCACUGCUGCCCUUCUCCAGAGAACCUUGAUGGCCUCAAUUUCAGCAGUCGCGUCUACCGGUGCAUUUUUCAUUUUAAUAACCCACGUAAUGCGCCCAGUCGUCGUAGGGAUUAUCGAGAAUACUCCCGAGGGAGGUGUGGUGAGUCAGUCUUGGGUCGUGAUUAUACUGCUGGGAGUGUUGGUGAAUGCAUUCAUCGGCGACGUCAUAGGUCUCACUCCUAAUAUUGGGGCUUUUGGCCUCGGCGUAAUUAUACCGGAGGGCUCAACCCUGGGGAUAGCUCUGGUGGAGAAGACUGAAACCAUUGUGACGGAGUUCCUUCUUCCCUUCUUCUUCCUUCGAUGUGGCUUGUACACCAACAUUUUCUCGGUACGGAAUGCCAAGAAUUUUUUAGCUCUGCAAGUCAUCAUGUUGAUGGGAAGCGUAGGGAAGCUGGUGGGAACUAUCUUACCUUGCAAUCUCAACGCUCAAAAUGCGCUGUCACUGGGUCUUAUCAUGAUAUGCAAGGGCAUCUUCAACAUAAGCCUCUUCUUGACCUGGAGAUUUUAUAGGCUCAUUGACGAGGAAAGUUUCACUAUAUUCGUAGUGUCCAACCUGUUGCUCACAGUCAUAAUCGCGCCUUUGCUCACAACCCUCUACAAGCCACCAAGGUACUUCGCCACACACGCAGCGGGAUUAUCACUCCAAAACAUACGACCCAACCAUGAGCUUCGAAUCAUUGCCUGCCUCCACGACGAGAGGAUUGUUAAUGACAUCAUCUCCAUCAUUGAAGCUUCCUAUCCAGCCAGGGAAACCCCCAUAUACGCCUAUGUGCUUCACCUGGUUAACUUGGUCGGCCGAUCUGUUGCUGUGGUAGCCGACCCUAGCACCGUUUACAGGUGCAGCACCCAUAAGCCCACCAAAUCUGAUUAUAUCAUGAGUGCCUUCAAAAAGUACUCAGACUGCACCCAUGGGACUGUCGGCUUUCGCCCUUUAACCGUCAUCGCCCCCUACAAAUCCAUGCACGAGGAUAUUUGUAAGAUAGCUCAUGAUAACAGGGCCGCCCUCAUUCUCCUGCCUUUCCACAGGAACGACCACAUGUUGGGUAGUAGUACUGCUGCCUUAUCUACCCUUACCCACAACGUUCUGGCCGGUGCACCUUGCUCCGUCGCCCUCCUUGUGAACCGGGGUUACAAAUAUUGUCGCUUCGCCGUCCAAGAACACUUCUCCUACAGCGUGCUUCUCCUCUUCUUUGGCGGACCCGAUGACCGUGAGGCACUAGCAUUUGCCAGUCGCAUGUCCACACACCCCGGCUUGAGUGUCACCGUCAUAAGGUUUCAAUUUUCCGACGACGACGACAACGAUAAUGAGAGGGAAAGACAGCUUGACUACUCUGUUCUGCACGAAUUUAAACUUAAGAACUUCACCAAUGAAUCUGCAAUGUUCCGUGAGGAGGUUGUGAAUGAUAUUGAGGAAGCUCUGCUUCUAAUUCGAUCUCUCAAGAGUAAGUACGACCUUGUUAUCGUUGGGAGACGAAAUUGGACGUGCAAGGCGCUCACUGGAGAUAUGGCAGAUUGGAGUGAGAAUACAGAGCUUGGGGUCCUCGGCGACAUAAUUGCAUCUUCUGAUUUAUUAGAUAAUGAGUACAAUCUAUUGGUUAUGCAAGCAAGGAUGUGA